AUGCUGUACCACGGUUCUCACCCUGAGCAUCCCAUGCAGAUGCUCAGGCAGCCAAGUGCGGGUGUAAUGUGUUCUAUUUGCAAGGCGUGCGCCCACCCAUCUAUGGUAGAGUGGGGAAGUUGUACACAGAAGGGAUGUCACUAUUUCCUCUGUUUAAAAUGCAUAGAAAUUGACGAACAGCUGUUUGAUACACCGCAGGUAAUUAUCCGCAAUCCAGUUUUAUCUCAUGAAGAUAUGGGUGUCUGCCUACGCACACGUCCACGUGGCAACGCACACAUCUUAUGUCCUCUUUACCCUGCGAGGCUAAUGGUGGCUGUUUCCAGUGCGAAGGGAAGCAUUGACCCAAGCGAAACCUAUUACCGAUUGAAAAGCGGUGGAUGGGUUAAUGCUGCCCAUGUUGUCCGUGUGAUUCCAUCCCAACAACUUAUUGAAGAACUCGCUAGAACUCAUCUACGAACAGCAGAUAGACGUAGUGAAGGGUUUAUGCCUCUUGAAGAUGUUUUUAUAUGUAUUGAAGAAAGUUUUCGCUUAAUGGAUGAACGAUCUCCGUAUGGUCCUAUUAUGGCCUCACUUACGUUCCUUCCACUUAUUCAAUAUUCUUCUAGUUUGCACUUAAUAUCACCAGAGGAACGUGUCGCGUUUGUUCGUGCAUCGUUGGGAUUUGUUCACUAUCUUUUUCAUUUCGUACUGGAUGAAGUAAAUCAUUGGUUAAAUAAUGUGGAUCAUAGAAUUAAAAGUACUGUGUUAACACUUUACGUGGAACUAUUGCGAAAUUCACUUGCCGUAACACGUGAUGUAGCUGCAUCUCAAACAUUUUCAUUACCAAGUGAACUUGGACCGCUGGUAACACAGACGGCUAAAGCUGCUGUUGCUUUAAUGCCAAUUGUGGAGUGUGGAACCCCAUCACAAGGUGACCCAGAUGAAAUUAUGCAAACACGUUCCGUUGUAACACGACAAGUGGAUCUUGCAGAAGAGCAAGCAUGGUUAUUUACUUGUUGUCGUAAUAUGGUAGAAAUGGCAGGUUGGUUACUCUUACACACACCUUCCUUUACAUAUGAUUUUAACGAUAUUCAUCCUCUUCGUGUAGCUAUUUCAAUUAUCCCAAAAUCAGAAACCUUAAAACGAAUAUUGUGUCAAGUUGCAACCAAUGCUUUGGAACGAAUGCCUUGUCUACAAAAUAAAAUUCAUGAUUUGGAUGUACUUGAAGUAGCUAUUUCACUUGCUGCCAAAUCGACAUGCGCAGAAAGUCAAAUAGCAGUAUUUAAACUUAUUGGAGCUAUUGCUCAUAAGUCUCCACGGAAUAUAAUGCAAAUAAGUUCAUUGGUUAUUACACCAUUAUUUCAGUUGGCUAAAAAGGCAUUAAAUACAGUAGUAGCUAAUGGAGCCUUUGAAUGUUUUGUAGAGUUAAGUUAUAAUGACCCUCGGGUGGACAGUUCCCGUUUAGACUCAGAAAGUGAGGCAUUAAUCUUUCCUGUAUGUACUGCAGCCGUUCAUCCUAAUGCAGCACCAUAUCAGAUGAUGAGUGUCUAUGAAUUGGAUAUGCACCGCAUGGCCCUUUGUGAACAUUGUAGAAUAACACAUCCACCAGAGAAUGCUGUGCCUGUUGGUGAACCCCAAUUUGCCUACUUUCGUUGUCAAUGUACGUGUUGUAUACACGAAAAGGUACCAAAUCCACUUCCUCCUGCUAAUAUUCCAUCUACCCCGGCCAUUCAAGAAAUGAUAAACUGUGGUAUUUCACAACUGAUGCUCCAUUGGCUUCAUCGUAGUGAAUCAGCUGUGGCCAACAGUGUUGGACGUCUCUCACUUAAGAUUUCAGUGCCGAUGGAAGUGACUAUAGCACUCUACCGUGCAUUACUUAAGCAAACACUUAUUGGCUACAGUGAUGCCGCAUUCGCCAUUGCCGCCCAUUCACAUCACCCUGCGGUACGUGAGAUGCACCGUGAGCACCCGUACGCCGCUAUAUCGCAGUAUCUCUCAUGUCAGCCCGGUUUUCUUCGCUCUACCGUUAUCACAGAUGGAACACCUGGUAAAGAUUCAUACUACGAUGAUACUGACGGACUCUCACCAUCGCCAGAUGUCACAGGGAAAAAGAGUGAUGUGUAUGCAUUAUUGCCGUCUGGAGUUUCUCCUCCUCUCGUUGAUCUUUUCACUGGUCCACAGAAAAUGUACCUCAAUGACGUUCUAUAG